CAGAGCCCUUCAAAUGGACCGUCCGCCGUGUAUUGCUAUUCCGUUCAAGCAGACCAGCGAAGUCGACUGGGCGCGAGCACUAAAGCGGUACAUUAGCACCCAGUACCAGGAGGACCCGGAGGCGUAUAGCGAGGACUGCAACCGGCUGCAGCGUAUGCGCCAGGACAUGCGCGGCGCAGGGCCCGACAACACUGGCAGGGACCUCAUCUACCGGUAUUACACGCAUCUGGAGACGCUGGAGCCGCGGUUCCCGGUGAACGAGCAGGGCGUCAAAGUCGCGUUCAAGUGGACAGACCCAUUCACGCAUGAAACCACACUGCAGCACUCGCUGGCGUUCGAGAAGGCCAGUGUUCUGUUCAACCUGGGUGCGGCCGUGGGUAUGCAUGCCGCAACCCUCUACUCUGACGCAGCCGUCGACCCCGAAUCCGAGUCACUGGUUCUGGCGUGCACGUACUUCCAGAUCGCUGCUGACCGGUUCCACUACAUCAGCGAGAACUUUCUGCACGCUCCUUCGCUGGACCUGCAGCAAGAGUCGGUCAAUGCACUGUGCAAUGCAAUGCAUGCGCAGUCGCAAGAGUGCGUGGUGGAGAAGGCCCGGCUCGACGGCAAGAAGGAUGCGACAUUGUCCAAGCUGGCGCAGCAGGCGGUGCUGGCUUAUGCAACGCUGUGCGACAGCCUGCGCCCGGCGAUGGAUAGCCACCAGCUGCCGCGCGGGUGGCAGCAGCUGGCAGAGACCAAACUGAAGUACUAUAUGGCAUAUGUGCAGUACCACGAGGGGCGGGCAAACGACGCCAAGGGCAAGCACGGCAUGGCCAUUGCCAGGCUCCUGCAGGCCGAGACCUUGCUGCGCGAGGCGACACGGCUUGUAGGCGAGUUUUCUGACAGCUUCUUUGCCACGCAGGCUUUGACAGACGACCUCAACACGGGCUCGGCGCAGGGUCUGGCUGAGGCUAUCAAGAGCAUGAGCACCAAGGCCGCUGAUGAGCUGAAGCAGAUGAACCGCGACAACGACAUGGUGUACAACGAGUCCAUUCCGUCGUUUGCUGCGCUACCGGCAGUUGAGGGCGCCAAUGUGGUGGCGCCGAUGAAGAUUGACAGCAUGUAUUCGCCCGACGACCUCCGGCGGAUUGUCGGGCCUGAUCUGUUUGAGCGCCUGAUCCCAAUGUCCGUGCACGAGAGCUCCAGCAUGUACAGCGAGGAGAAGGCCAAGCUGAUCCGGACCGAGGACGACAAGGUGAAUCUGGCCGACGGCGAGCUGCAGGCCGCGCUGGCGUUCAUGCAGAUGCCCGACAUUCCUCUACCGGUUCAAGCGCGGUCUGGCUCUGGCGGCUUCAUCGCCGAGCUGGCCGAGCCCAGCGCUGAUGUGCGUGAUUUGGCUCAGGGCGUGAGCAUCCAGGAGCGCACGGCUCCGCUAACCGAGGUGCGGGCGACACUAGAUGCCCAGCGCGCACGCGUCAAGGACAGAAUCACCGAGCUGGGCCAGAUGCUGGACCAGGAGCAGCAGGCCAGCGACCAGGUUCUUGCCGAGUACUCGGCUGACCCAGCCUUUGCUGGCUACAAGCCAUCGGUAGUAGCGUCGCAGUUCUUCCGGGACGUUCUGCUGGAACAGCGCAGGUCGUUCGAGAACGGCACCGCUAUGGACCGCACGAUCUUUGACAAGUACCGCCAACUGGUUGCACCCUGGCUGCCCACGCUGCAGAAUGGUGCCGAGGGCGUCACCAGCGCCCUCUUAGAGCAGCUCAAGGACAUCGACUUUGGCGGGGCGGCCAGGGCGGACGGCGGCGAGACUCUGCUGGACGUUGGCCAGAGCCAGCCUGUGGGGCUGUCGGGCCACGUGCAGACCGUACAGGACACGCUGGAGCAGCUCGAUGAGGUCAAGAAGCAGCGACACACGACGCUGCGGGACCUGAAGAGUGUUGUCAAGGACGAUGACAUUGCCGGCACACUGAUGAAGUCUGCCAGCGGCAAGGAGCUGCAGCAGCUGUUCAACCGCGAGCUGCAAAAGUUUGACGCCUACACUCAGCGGUUGCAGUCGACGAUGACGCGCCAACAGCAGCUGGUCAAGCGGCUUUCCGAUGAGUUCCGCACCAUGAUGGAGUCGCCUGAGGCCCGGCGUGUGCAGGAGAAGUGGGAUCUGGCCGAGCAGCGCAAGGCCACUGUGGAGGCACAGCUGCUGGAGGCCGUGCAAACGUACAAGAUCGUCGCCCAGGGAAUGAACAGCGGCGCAGAGUACUACAAGAACAUGUACAGUAUCCUGGAGCGCCCGCACAAGGAUCUCCUCGAGUACAUUGAGGGCCGGGCGAGCCAGCGCGAGCAGCUGGUGAAGCGGGCCAGGCAGGAGAAGGCGGCGCGGGAGCAGGCCGCGCUGAGAGAGAGGCUGAAUCAGUAUGCACCGCCACCAGCACCAGCUGCCCAGGCGUAUGCGCAGGUGCCGCAGAAUAACCGGACGUUUGAGGUUGACCACCUGGCGGACCAGGCAGCCCAAAUGACGCUGAAUGCACAGAGGGCCAAUGUCCCGCCCCAGCAACAUCAGCUGCAGUACCAGCAGCCGUUGGUUGACCAGUCUCCGCAACAGCAAAGAUACCAGCCACCACAGCCGCAGCCGGUUGUCCACUCGUCGCCACAGCAGCCAAUAUAUCAGCCGCCGCCGCAGCAGCAGCAGCAGCAACAAAUGUACCAGACGUACAGCCAACCUCAGCAGCAGCAGCAGCCCGUGGCCCACGAAUACCACCAGCCGCCUGUGCAUGUGCAUGCCCACCAGGCGCAACAGCAGCCGCAGCCUCAGUAUCAGCCGCCGCCUCAGCAGUACGCACCGCCUCCAGUCGCAGCCCAGGCAUCCGCGCCGCCGCCCGUUGCUACUCAAGGAUACCAGCCUCCGCCACCUCAGCAGCAGCAAUAUGUGACAAGCAUGGCUCCGCACCAAUAUGCCCUCGCACAGGCGCCUGCGGCUGACCCUUACACCUCCGCGGCAUCCCGCCAGUCAAUGGAGAACAAGCGGCGGACCAACCCGGCGGACCCGAACUUCCAGCCAGGCUACGGCGCCACCAACGACGUGUACUCGGGCAUUACCACUGGCUACGGGACCACACAUGCGCCGGCCUCAUCGAGCUCCUAUGCACCGGCACCACAGGCUACGCACCAUCACCAGCACCAACAGCAGCAGCCAGUGUAUGUGUCGCAGGCACAAGCUGGCGGAUAUGCGCCGCCGCCGUUUGCACCGCCGCCCAGCCAGCCCACCAGCUACAACAGCACCGUGGCAAGCGUCACCCAGCCGCAGUAUGUCCAGCAGCAGCAGCAGCAGCCACAGCAGCAGCAGCAGCCACAGCAGCAGUACUAUCACCACCCGGCAUCGCCAGCCCCCGCACCAGCACCAGCAGUACCAGGGACCGGUGCAGCAGCAGCAACAGAACAGCAGCAGCCACCGCAGCAGCCGGCAUAUAACCCGUACGCUUACUCAGCACCGCCGACCGCCGCCGUCAUUGGAGGGCCAGUCCCACAGGCGCAGCCAGUCCAGCCCGUCCAGUCUGGUUAUGCACAGCAACCACAGUUCCAGCAGCAGCAGCAGCCCCAGUACUCGCAUGGCUACGGCGGCAACGUUGGUGGAUCGCUGAUGGACUAG